UUGUUGGUGAGCACUAUACCAUUGGCCCGGGUACCUACGAUGUUCGAUAUAUGCGCAAAAUCGAGAUUGAUGGAUAUCUUCAAAGCGCCACUUCCACCUUUUCAUUUGGACAUUGGUUUGAUGCGUGAGUGCUGAUUUAUUUUUGGUACAUGUGCUGUGAUGAUAAGACGCGCAGUAAUAGCAUCUGUGAAGGGGGUGGUAGGAGGGGAAUUUCGUUUUUUUUUCUUUUUUUUUGGUUUUACUCACAAGAUUCUAGACUCCCGUUGGCCAAUCGAUUCGAUAUGAAUGGCAAACGUAACACAAUCACCUACCGCAACCGACUCACUUCCCGCCGUCUUAUUGAAAAGAUUCGGGAUCAUCAUGGCUACGCUUCUCGUCACCCAGCCGGCUUGUUCAAGACCGACUCCAAUCAGACCAUUUUUACAAAGUUCUUAAAGUCGGCUCCUAAAACGAACAAAGCAGACGGUGAACCUUGUGCUGCCCGAAUUCUGGCCGGCAUUCCUGGCGUGGACGGCCGUUUAUUUGCCCAGAAUCAUGCCAAUCAUAUCCAAGAGCUGGAUCCGUUUGACAUGAAGCCGACUCGGGUGCUUUGCUGGGACGAAGUAAAUCCUGCAUUCAAGGGUUACAGCUCCUGCCCGAACGGACAAUAUGAUCCGCAGACGGGCGAAUAUAUUAACUUUACCAUGGAAAUCGGAUACCAAACAACUAGCUACCACUUCUUCUCGAUCAGUGAUCGGGACCCCAAGGGCAAAAUUAUUGCCUCAGUUACUGCACCCACUGGAUACGUGCACAGCUUUUCGAUAACACCGAAAUACAUCGUUUUGGUGAUCUUCCCAUUAUUAGCCAAUUCCGCCGCUGUGAAAUAUGCCUGGAACGAAAGCGUCUUGGACUCGUUCUCAUUUUAUCCGAAUGAACCCACCUUGUUCCAUGUCAUUUCUAGAGAAAAGGGACAGCACCUGGUUACGUACCGUUCGGAUGCCUGCUUUGCCUUCAACCAUGUUAACGCAUUCGAGGACGGACGAGACAACAUCAAUGUUGAUAUCGUAUGCUAUCGCGAUGACACUAUUGCACACCAGCUGACGACCCACAAUUUGCGGAACCCGGGGGAGAUGAAGCCUUCGCGACUGGCACCGUCAGAAGUCCGACGAUAUGUACUUAGCAGUAUUGAUGAAGAGACCAUCAGCUUUAUGGCAAAUAACUCCAUGCUUCCAUCCACUGCAAGCAUCACAUCACGUAUUUCGUCAAUGUGGGGAUACGUACGCGGCUCAAAUGCUCAGGCAAACGACGUUGAGAGCUCAGCGGGUCCAUCAGCAGCUGCUGCUGGCUGGUAUGCUACACUUCCCGUAACAUCAUACGGCAAGCUUGUCCAGCCGUCCAUCGAGUUACCUCAAGUGCACCCAUUGUACAAAAUGCACAAGUACAAGUACCUUUACGGUCUUGGAUUCUCGGCAGCUAGCUCUAUUGGUGAUGGUAAAAUUUGGGACGCCAUUGUCAAAGCAGAUGUUGAAACCAAGACAGUAGUUGCAUCAUGGCAUGAAGAAAAUUGCUAUCCAAGCGAAGCAGUAUUUAUUCCACGACCUCCACAAGACGUAAAUGACGAGCUUCGAGAAGAUGACGGUGUGUUGGUCAGUGCUGUGAUGGAUUCCGCGCGCGCCACGUCGUUCUUGUUGAUCUUGGACUCUUCGUCCUUGGAAGUACUUGUCAAGGCAGAUUUAGGCAUGCUGGUGCCCAUCAGCUUUGCUCGAGGAUCAUAUAAACUUCGCAGCUAGAGUAGUGCCUGUAUUGCUGUAGCUACGUUACCCACUAGCAGCCAUAGUAUGGGUAUAUGGCGAUUACAUAUAAAUAUAAAAUGUUCAUGUAUGUCUGUAUGUUUUUGUUGCAUGUAGUAUGUACACUAUUGAUAAUUAUUAAUGCUUUGCUUGUUGGUGGAAGAAGAGGAUGUUGAGGGUAUCGUUGUUAUGGGUGAGAAGACGCUCUUGACAAUCUCGUUCCUUUAUCAAG